ACACCCACCUGCCACAAUGAGAAACUCCUAUGCAUUUCUGGCAUCUUCUCUCUCUAUUGUCAUUUUUCUUCUGCUAAUUCCGGAAGAUGCCUGUAUAAGAAUUAUUGGAGGAAAUGAAGUGGUUCCUCAUUCAAGACCCUACAUGGUUCUACUUAAACUUAAUAAAAAAGACAUCUGUGCCGGUGCUUUGAUUGAGGAAAACUGGGUGUUGACUGCAGCCCACUGUGUUCUGAACAAAAAGCCCCAGGUCAUUCUUGGGGCUCACUCAAGAACUAAGGAUGAGCCAGAAAAACAGAUAAUGUCAAUUAAGAAAGAGUUUAUUCAUCCAUGCUAUGACUCAACCACAUUUGAAAAUGACCUUAAACUUCUUCAGCUGGACAAAAAGGCAACAAUUAACAAAAAUGUGGCUACCCUGCAACUACCUAAAAAAGGAGAUGAUGUAGAGCCAGAAACUAUGUGUCAAGUUGCUGGGUGGGGAAUGAUUUCCAAUAAAUCACCUCCGUCAGAUACUCUGAGAGAAGUCAAUGUCACCAUCAUAGAUAGAAAAACCUGCAAUGACCCACAGCACUAUAAUUUUAAUCCUGUGAUUGGACUGAAUAUGAUUUGUGCCGGAAGCCCUCAUGGUGGAAAAGACUCAUGCAAUGGAGAUUCUGGAAGCCCCUUGCUGUGUAAGGGUCAUUUCCGAGGUAUCACUUCUUUUGGCUCUCCAGGAAGAUGUGGAGACCCUAGAGCACCUGGUGUCUAUACGCGUCUCUCACAAAAAUACCUCAACUGGAUAAUUAAAACUAUGAAGGGGACAGUUUAGAUAACUGUAUUUCACUUCAUUUGUUGUCGUGUCUUAUAACAAAUAAAAUCAGUCUGUAACACCA